AUGAGGCUGCCCCGUAGCAUCCAGACUCCGCUGGACGGGAAGUUUAGUCUGUCUCAGCACGGCCGCCUGUCAGUGCAGAUUAGCCCUAAUGUGUCACUGUCAUGGGAGAUUACAAGUGCAGUGCUCUGGAGAGCAUCACUGUCAGAGGAUGAAGGCACCCCCCUGUUGGUGAGGAGCAGCAGUGACUCAGCUCUCGGUCCCCAAACCACUGAGACCCAACCCCCCUUCACCGAAGACAGCACAGGGAUGCGUUUUGGUUCCUCGCUGAGCUCAGGAUCCACUCUUCUUCCCGGUCUUAAAGCUGCUGAACUGCAGGAGACGGAUAUUUCAGAUCCAGAGAUCAGGAGGAAAGCAGCAGCUGUGGAGGUGCCAGAAGGACCUCCCCUCAUGAAGCGCGGCACUCUCCAAAUGUCAGUCAGCGACAGCCUAACGGGGCAGCUGUUCUCUGUGUGUUCUCUGCAGGCCGUGAGUCCGGCUGGGGAGAGGCCUGCAGCGGGGGACUGCGCCCACACCAGACCCCCCCCCACCACCGGCCUGACCAGAACGGUGGAGAUCCUGGGCGAGGACAGUCCUCUGGGGAUCCACGUGGUUCCCUACUGCUCGUCGCUCAGUGGACGGUCUCUUGGAUUGUAUAUCCGUGGAGUGGAGGAGGAGAGUCGUUCAAAAAAGGAGGGUUUGUUUCAAGAGGAUGAGUGCAUCGUAAAGAUCAACAACACUGACCUCAUGGACAAAACAUUUAACCAAGCUCAGGACCUGUUUCGAUCGGCCCUGCACUCCCAGCUUGUCUGUCUGGAAGUGGUGCCCUCCUCCAACAGAGACCGAUACGAGAAGAGUCUGAUCGGCCAGCUGUUCGGAAGCAGCUCUGGCCCCAACAGCAGCCCCCAAACCUCCAAAGCCAAAGAGCCCCCUCCACCUGUCAAAGCCAAACCAGUGUUUAAGCCCCCGGCCAGCGCGAGCACACAACCAGCAGAGGAACCAGCUUCUGAGGACGGUGUCUCUAGCCCAAAAGGGAGGAGUGAAAGCCCCCACCUCAGGAAAAGCCCUGCCCUCUCCAAUCUGGUGUCCAAUAAGAAAGGAAGGAGACUGAGAAUCGACUUAAAGAAAGGCUCAGAAGGCCUCGGCUUCACCGUAGUAACCAGGGAUUCGUCAGUGCACGGCCCAGGUCCCAUCCUGGUGAAGAACAUCCUCCCCCGGGGGGCUGCAGUCAGAGACGGACGCCUUCAGUCUGGAGACCGCAUCCUGGAGGUCAACGGCAUGGACAUCGCUGGUGUGUGCCAGGAGGAGCUGGUGUGUAUGCUCCGCGGCACCCGUCAGGGGGACAGCGUGUCUCUGGUGGUCUUGCGGCAGGAAGACAUGUUCCUGCCCAGAGAGAUGAAGGACGAGGUAUCCUCCAUUCCAGGCUUCGUUUUGGAGAACGGGAAGGAACAUCUCAUGUUCGAAGUCCCCCUCAAUGACACCGGCUCGGCAGGACUGGGCAUCAGCCUCAAAGGGAACAAGUCCCGGGAGACGGGGGAGGAUCUGGGGAUCUUCAUCAAUCGCUGCUGGGACGUUCCAAUCACGCUGCCAUGGAAACCCUCCGCCGCUCCAUGUCCCAGGAGGGGAACGUCCGGGGGACCAUCCAGCUCGUGGUGCUGCGGGUUUCCAAGCUCAACCGGCCUCUUGGGGGGGAUGAGUCCUCUGAAAUGUCCAACCGGAUUGGUCAGUCCAGCCUCAGAGUCCAGUCAGCCUCCCCUGGUGACCAACGCCAUCUAUGCCUCCAGUGUGACCAAUGGGAGCAGUUCUUACAUGGACGAAGAAGAGGAGGAGGGGCUGUGCGGACACGUGACCGAGAUCAACCAACCCUCCUGUUUCCAGGACAGGGGGAGCUCUCGCACCGGUUGCCCCGCCCAGCCGCAGGCCCCCAGCCAGAACCAGCGGCAGAUCCAGCACAUCAAAGCCUCCAAGAGCAUGGACCUGGGUACGAGUCCGGGCCAGCCUCCCAAUGUGGCAGAUGAGAGCAACCUGGGACCACAGGAUGGAGGCAGAGCUGCAGCUUCUACUCCGGUGGAACUCGGGCCGACCCUGGGCUUGAAGAAGUCCAGUUCCCUGGAGAGCCUCCAGACGGCCAUGUCAGAGGUCAACCGGAAAAAUGAGCUCCUUCCAUUCCACCGCCCACGCCCAAAUAUGGUCAGGGGAAGAGGCUGCAACGAGAGUUUCCGAGCAGCCAUUGAUAAAUCUUAUGAUGGGCCGGCCGAGGAUGAUGAAGGUAGGAGACAUGAAGUGUGUGUGUUUAAGUUCAUGCACAAGCUGGUGUCACAUGACUGA